UAUUAUAUGCCUGCUCAACAUGAGGACGAGGCUCCACCGAACAAGAAAAUGUGCGAAAGCGUUCCACGACCUCCUGAUAUGCAUAUCUUAAGACGCCGAUACGCUUUGACUGCAACUGCUUAUAAAUAUUUGAAUAUCGCAAUCAUCGUAGGAACUGAACCCGUCAUAGACAUUGUCAUUGAUGAUAAUCGUGGCAAACAACUGCUAUUGUCGAUCAAAACUUGGAAUGCGCUAAUGGGGCAACGUGCUGACAUCCAAAGAUUUCUGCAGGCCAAUUUUUAUAAGUCAUCGUCUCCCCCGAUGCGUAUAGAAGAAUUAACAAUAAUGUCAUGUAAGAUGUACAACUCACAAAUGUGAA